CGGACAUGGGUGCAUUUCGGAUCAACUUUAAUUUGUUCAUUUGUUGUACUUGAUAUUAACGUAUAUUACUAAGAUUUUGACAAUUAUGUCCAGUGCAGGAGAUUGGUGCUUGAUUGAAAGCGACCCAGGAGUAUUUACGGAACUUAUCCGUGGAUUUGGUUGUGAGGGGGUCCAAGUUGAGGAAAUAUGGAGUCUGGAUGAUGAAACGCUGCAAAACUUGAGGCCAGUUCAUGGAAUGAUCUUCUUGUUCAAAUGGGUGCCAGACACGGAGCCAGAUGGGUCGGUUGUACAGGACAGCAGACUGGAGAAAAUCUUCUUUGCAAAGCAGGUGAUCAACAAUGCGUGUGCGACACAGGCCAUCCUCAGUAUUUUACUGAACUGCUCACACCCGGACCUCACACUGGGCGACACGCUCUCAUCAUUCAAAGAUUUCUCACAGACAUUUGAUCCGGCAUUACGGGGACUCAGUCUAAGCAACUCAGACACAAUCAAACAUGUACAUAACAGCUUUUCCAGACAGCAGAUGUUCGAGUUUGAUGAACGGCAGGCGAAGAAGGAUGAUGAUGUAUUCCACUUUGUCGGCUACAUUCCGAUAGACGGCCGACUGUAUGAGCUGGAUGGUCUCAAGGAGGGACCCAUUGACCUUGGGCCCAUUCCGGAGGGCAAAGACUGGCUGGGAUUGGUUAAACCUGUGCUGGAGAAGAGGAUGCAGAAGUACAGCUCGGAUGAAAUCCACUUUAACCUCAUGGCAAUCGUAUCAGACAGGAAGAUGUGCUACGAGAAAAAACUCGCAGAAUUGUGUUCACUAGCUGAGGGCGGAGGUAUGGAAACAGACCUACUGAAAUCCCAGGUCAGCCAACUCAAGAUGCUGAUAGGCGACGAGGAGAGAAAAAUGAAGAAAUACCAGAUGGAGAAUAUUCGACGGAAGCACAACUAUCUGCCGUUUAUCAUGGAGCUACUGAAGAUACUCUCGGAAAAGGGACAGCUGCUGCCUCUUGUGGAAAAGGCAAAAGAAAAAGUGGACAAGAGAAAGGAGGAGAAGAUGAAAUAAGAUUUGGCGGAUCAAGCAGUUUCUGUUGUAUUGUUAUUGUGUAUUUCUGUGCUUCAAAUUGUGUUCUUCAUCUACUCAAUAAAUAAUGAAUAAUU